AUGGAUCGAAUUGAAAACCAGAGGCGGAAUGAUUUACAGAGAGGCAAUUUCGGCAACGAUUUACCAUAUCAUUACGAGUAAGAUGAUUAUAAUAGUAUAUAUAAACUAAACCCACUAAUGGUUAUCAUUUUGUAAUAUGUAUACAGAUAAAUAUUUUGUCUGAAAUUUAGCGAAUUAUUGACAGCUUCUUGACCAUUAGUGAAAAUAUUGGUUAAUUAUCGCUCUGUCAACUAUUGAUAAUGUAUCACAUAAAAAAUAUGUUAAAAUUUGAUUCAUAUUUAUUGAGAUUAUUAAAAUACUUAUUGNAAUUAUUGACAUUUUCUUGAGCAUUAGUGAGAAUUUUGGUUAAUUAUCGCUCUGUCAACUAUUGAUAAUGUAUCACAUUAAAAAUAUGUUAAAAUUUUAUUCAUAUUUAUUGAGUUUAUUAAAAUACUUAUUGAAAACAAAGUGACAUAAAUUUUAAAAUUUUACAAUUAUUGUUAUUAUCAUUCUGUAUAUAGAUGCUGUAUAUGUAGCAGAAUAGUUCCCACAAACUCAUUUUAGAUUUAAAAGAUUUAACUUUGAAUUAAAUGUUCAAAUUCUUUGUAAGCAAAAUUUCUUAAAAUUUCAUUAAUUGCGAUGGUUUAUGUAAUAUAUUACAUUAAUAUAAUUUAUUAUGGACAUGAACAAAAACGGUUUUAAACAUUUACAUACAAUAAAUUUCGGUAAUUCUAGGAGACAAGUUCACGCAACGAAACUCUUUACAUGAUAAUAUAUAAAUAUUCCCAUACAGUACGAUAAGAGUCUAUAACGUUCUUAAGAACCAAUUAUUGCAAUUAAAUAUAUUUAUUAAUAAUCUCAUAGUACAUACAGUGUUCUUAAAAGAUGCUGAAGCUAAAUUAUUGAAACAGAUUUCUAUUUGAAUUAUUGAUGUGAUUUUAACUUUAGAUUUCAUGAACGGGGAAUGGAUCGAACUGAAAACCAGAGGCGGAAUGAUUUACCGAGAGGCAAUUUAGGCAACGAUUUACGAUAUCAUUACGAGUAA